AUGACUUUAACUCCAGAAAAAACAAUUUGUGUAUUUUGUGGUUCAUCAUUUGGUAAUGAUCCAAAAUUUGCUAAACAUGCAAAAGAAUUAGGUUCUAAAAUUGCCUUAAAAAAUUGGGGUUUAGUUUAUGGUGGUGGUACAACAGGUCUUAUGGGUUCUGUUGCAAAAUCAUGUUCAGAAAAAAAUGGUUAUGUUCAUGGAAUUAUUCCAAAUGCUUUAGUUUCAAGAGAAAGAAUUGACCCUGAAAAAUUAAAUCAAAGUUUAAAAAAUGAUAUUGAUAAUCAUAAUGGUUGGACUCCAAUUAGUGAUGAAUAUGGUAAAAGUACAAUUGUACCAGAUAUGCAUACAAGAAAAAGAUUAAUGGGUGAAGAAGCUGAUGCUUUUAUUGCAUUACCAGGUGGUUAUGGUACUUUAGAAGAAAUUAUGGAAGUUAUUACAUGGAGUCAAUUAGGUAUUCAUUCAAAACCAAUAAUUUUUUUCAAUAUUGAUGGAUUUUAUGAUGAUUUAUUAAUUUUUUUACAAAAAUCAAUUAAAUCUGGAUUUAUAAGUGAAAAAAAUGGUGAAAUUAUUGUUGUUGGAAAUUCAACUGAUGAAGUUUUAGAAAAAAUUGAAAAUUAUAAAAUUCCUGAAGGUAGAUAUAAUUUAAAUUGGGAAAAUUUAGGUACAUCUAAUGGAAAGAAAUAG